AUGGAGGACAAACAGAGACUAGAAGAAAUCAGGGAGAAAAUCUUCAAUAAUUACAGACCGAUAGAUCAAACCUUUGAUCUAGUGUUGUCUAUGAAGGACAUUCUAAACGUCAACUUCAUUCAAGAGGCUUGUGGGCAUAAGUUUCCUUCCUACUACUUCUUAGCUGUAAAUGACCUUGAAAAAUGCAAAAAGGAGGACCAAGAAGCUCUUGACAAAUUUCUCCCUAACGCAACAGCAGGAGGAUGAGAGCAACUGGAGCUCUCUUGAGUCGAGAAAUAUUACCCUGAGGAUAUACUCCCUGGAAUCUGUAACUGUAUCCCAAAUAUUACCGAAGAAGUUCAUUUAGAUAGCUUCACUAUCCCACUUUCCUUCUUCUCUCAAAUAAUUCUGAGCAGUCUGGCUCUGAACACUUUAAAAAUAAUGAACUGAAAGAUAGAUGCUACUGAGGAGCCAAGUCUUAGUGAAACUCCAAGCACAGAUCCACAACUGGAAACUAUAUUCCUGAGUGGCAGCCUUCCCGGGUUACUUCCUUCUGAAGAUGAGAAGAUUGAAGAAGACCAUACUGAAGUUUCAUUAAAAGCUCUUCAUGAGAUUAUAAAAAUACUCAAGCAUUACUCUCUCCAUAAAUGACUCCAAGAGGUUAAGGUUGAAGAGACUGACCUUUGAGAAACCACUGUCCAGUCAAUGUUCACAGAAGCAGGCUUUUCUGUUGAAGUAGAGCACUGGUAAUCCUAAAUAUCU